AUGCGCAAAAUCGCCAAACUCGCCGCCGACGCCUCCUGCCGGUGCUACCCCUUCCAUCCACCCGACCUCCAAUCCAAAAUCGCCCUCUUCUUUACCUACUUCUUCACGAUCGACGAUCUAAUUCGUGAUUUUCCUACCGAAGCGCAGAAUUUCCGACGAGAUGUCCUACAACAGAAACCGCUAUCUCCGGUGUUUGAAUCCUGCAGAGAGCGGCUCAUAGAUCUAGAUGGAUACUACGACCCCUACAGCGCAGAUAUGGUAUCUAAAUCCGUUCCUCGAGUUCUGACAAGUUUCCGGAUUAACUUUCGCUUCAAGACCGGGUUACCUGAAGCUCUUAUCUAUCUCCUUGCACCGAGGAGUGUCUUUGGGGCAGAAUCUACCCGGUACCUCGUACAACUUGCACCUGAGUUAGCAGUAAUCAUCAACGGGAUCAACGAUAUCCUGUCGUUUUAUAAGGAGGUGAUGGUGGCUCAGGAGCCGGUGAAUUUCGUGCAGCAUUUUGCAAUGGUGAAGGGGGAGUCGGUGGUGGAGGCGUUGGAGGGCGUGGUGGAGAGGGUGGUGGGGUGUUUGGGGAACGGGAGGAGGGUGGUGGCGGGGUGGCCGCUGCUCCGGGGGUAUGUGGAGGCGUUUGUAUAG